AUGCAAAACCCAUCACACCGUAAAUAAGUGGUAUGACUAUGCACGUGUUAACUGCUCUGUUCUGUAGUUCCAUUAAUGAAUUUUAAUAUUUCUUUACACUAUCUGUGAUGGCUACGUCAUAAUGCUGAGAAAUCUUAUGUAAAUCUCAAGUUUAUCAUUCGUGGAGUAAAUAAACUUUGUUUGCUGAAAGUAAUACAUGAUUUAAAGCUUUGUCAAUAAAUUUAAUUAUUGGAAUUAAUAUGUCUAGUCUCUUUAUGGGGGCUUACCGCCUAGGACAGUUGAGGAAAAAGGACAAAGAGGAACAACAACAACAAAAACAACAGAAAAGGACCCGAAAAAUCAAGUCGGAGCAGCAAGUCACAGAAAGCUUAGGAUCGGACACAUCAACUCCAGGCUACAAAACAACAACAGUAAGCCACAAAACCCCAACUCCAAGCCACACAACAACAACAACAUCGUCCUACAAAGCCUCAACACCCAGCCACACGACAACAACAACAAGAUCCAUCCACAAAACCUCAACACCCAGCCUCACGACAACAAGAACAGUUAGCUGUAAACAAGAAAGUGUCAAAGUAACGAUAGUCAGAGACAAAUGAUAAGUUGGCAAUUAGAAACAGCCGGUGACAUCGUUAAAAAAGAUGGAAAUAUGAAGAAAAAAAAUGUUUUAUAAGUAUAUUGUUUUCUACAUUUGAACUGCUGUUGAUAUUUCGUAUGUUGUAAUUAAAUACACUCUGAAAAUUG